AUGGACGCCUUCGGGUCCAGCGAUGAGGAGAGCGUGGAGCUGAGGAAGCUCCUCAGCGAGAUGCACGCAGAUCCUGACAACUACGAAAUCUGGGAGAAGCUCGUUCGGACCGUCGAAACGCUUGAGGGAGGAAUCAAUCGCAACUCGAGUUCUCAAGCUAUCUCAGCGGUGCGCGAUGUCUACGAUCGGUUCCUGAUGAAGUUCCCUCUGUUCUUUGGCUACUGGAAGAAAUACGCCGACCUGGAGUUCUCUAUUGCCGGAACAGAGGCAGCUGAAAUGGUGUAUGAACGCGGCGUCGCAAGCAUCAUCAACUCAGCAGACCUGUGGACAAAUUACUGUUCCUUCAAGACCGAAACCAGCCAUGAUCCAGACAUCAUUCGAGAACUCUUCGAGCGUGGUGCAGCAGCUGUCGGUCUCGACUUCCUGUCACAUAUCUUCUGGGAUAAGUACAUCGAGUUUGAAGAGCGCAUGGAGCAGCCAGACCGGAUUUUUGCUCUUCUCAGCCGAAUUAUUCACAUCCCAAUGCAUCAAUACGCCAGAUACUUCGAGAAAUACCGACAACUGGCCCAGUCUCGACCAGUGCAGACACUUGUACCACCUCAGACGUUUACAAAGCUCCAAAUGGAUGUCGAAAACGAAGGACUUGGUUACAAGGCUGGUCGGAGUGCACAAGAAGUGGAGAUUGAGUUACGACGCCGUAGUGAUGCCGAACAUCUGAAGAUCUUCCAAUCGACACAGGCGGAAACGACAAAGCGAUGGACGUACGAAUCCGAAAUCAAGCGACCAUAUUUCCACGUUACGGAUCUGGAAGAGGGUCAGCUAGAGAAUUGGCGCAAGUACCUGGACUUUGAGGAGGGACUAGGCGACUAUGCUCGGACUCAAUUCCUCUACGAGCGUUGUCUUGUUGUGCUCGCGGUGCACGAAGAGUUCUGGCUACGGUAUGCGCGAUGGAUGUUUGCCCAGCAAGGCAAGGAAGAGGAGGUACGCAAUAUCUAUCAGCGGGCUGCAUGCACAUUCGUACCCAUUGCUCUACCGAACAUUCGACUGCAGUAUGCGUUCUUCGAGGAGAUGACCGGACGAGUCGAUGUCGCCAAGGAUAUCCACGAAGCCAUACUGGUCCAAUUGCCUAGCCACAUCGAGACUAUAAUUUCAUUGGCCAACCUGACGAGAAGACACGGCACAGUUGAGGAUGCAGUCGCUGUGUUCGCCGCACAGCUAGACUCACCUGCAGGCUCUGCAGAGAAUGCCCGAGCAGUAUUCCAGAAUCAUCAAGCGCACUACACGGAGAGCGAAGCUUUCUGGAAGGGCUACCUGCAAAUGGAGAUUGCACAGCCAACAACACCUGAGUCCGAGAAGGAGCAGUAUGACCGGAUCAGAGCAGUCGCGGAUAGCAUUUUACACAAGAGUAAAUUGGCUGAGAGCACGAUCCAGAGUCUUAUCGGUAUUUAUAUGGCGUAUCUGCUCGAGAAGGGUGGUAAAGAUGCGGCCAAGGAAUAUCUCAACCUGGAUCGCGAGAUCAACGGCCCGGCUUCGGUUCGGAAGCUUCCGCAGACGAAGGCGUCUGCUACUUCGAAAGCUGCGGCUGGUAUCAAUGGCCAGCAGCCUCCAGUACUACAAGCCGCCAAGUAG